AUCUGAUCGGUGAGGCCUCCGAGCUGAUGUGAGGUCGCAUCUCACCCUGCGGCCUUACACGACUUGAAACGACCACCAACAUCCAGCCAACAAACCAACACCCAACCAACUGCUACACAUCAUGGCAGAUACAUCCACAGAGCGCUUCGAUAGCUACGACGAAGACCUCCUUCUCCUCCUCACAGAAAUCACAUCCGCCCUACAAGAAGCAACAAGCGCCACCACCACCUCCGCAAACCGCCAAGCAAGUCUCUCAAAAGCCGAUCGUGCCUGUGAUGAAGCCAGGGAACUCGUUGGUGCACUUGAAUUAGAACUCCAAAACAUACCGACUGCAGGACGUACAAAAUUAACACAUCGUGUACGGGAACGCAAGUUGAAGUUGGAGCAAGCGCGGCGGAGUUGGAAGCAAGCGAAAGACGACGCAGCAUCGCGCGAUUUAUUCGGUGCGCGAGGUGAUGAUCGUUAUGGCGAGACGGAAGCAGAUGGUGCUGCGUAUGCACAAAGGAAUAGACUCCUCGCUGGUCAUGAACGGCUUGACAAUGCUUCUGCGCGAUUACAGAAUUCUCAGAGGUUGGCGAAUGAGACGGAGGGGAUUGGUGCUGGCAUCUUGCGAGACUUGUCGGCGCAGGGAGAGCAGAUUCGCAAUACGCGGGAGAGACUGAUGCAGGCGGACGGGUAUGUCGAUAAGAGCAUGAAGUCCCUGAAAAGCAUGGGCAGACGACUCAUCACCAACAAGAUCAUCACGGGCACCAUCAUUGCUGUUCUCAUCCUUCUCAUCUUGCUGGUCAUCUACAGCAAGUUCAAGUAAAACGCAAGAAGAUUAAUGAACCCAUGUCCUUUAUA